UCAAAAAAGUUUAAAAGGAAAAAGGGCAGAAGAGAUAAUAAAGAAGCAUGUCAUGGUUAGCUCGGUCACUAGUGAACUCGCUUCUUCUUAACGAAGAAGAUGAUAAUGAAUCAGCUUCUUCAGUAGAUGAAGAAAACGACGUUGCAACGCGCCAGUCUCAAUCAUCCUCCCUUCCUCUUAGGCAAAGCCUUGAACUCGAAGAAACCCAGUCGCUACAACAACAUUCAUUGUCCCCUCAACAAAUAGCUGAGCAUCAAUCGCGUGGUGUCAAAGAAGACCUAACCGAGCUUAAACAAACCCUAACGCGUCAACUCUGGGGAGUCGCUUCCUUUCUUGCUCCUCCUCCUUCUCCUCGGACCCAAUCCGAUUGCCUAUUAGAUGAUGUAUCGUUCUCUAAUUUGAAUCGAGUUGAACCGUCUGGUUCUGUGGCGUUUGAGGGGGCUGAGAUCGGGGGAAGGUUGUUGAAGAUGGCGGCGGCGGAGGAUUUUCCGUUUGGAUCCGGGGAAAAUGAGGAAGAAAACGGGAGGGAAAAUGAAAGUGAAGAUGAGGAGGUGGAUCAGGUGUUCAAUGCGGUUGGGUUAACGGAUGAGGUGUUGACAUUUGCGAGGAACAUCGCGCAUCAUCCAGAAACGUGGUUGGAUUUCCCUCUUGAUCCCGAUGAGGACUUAGAUGAUUUUGACAUGUCGGUUGCACAACAAGAGCAUACUAUGGCCAUUGAACAUCUUGCUCCCAGACUAGCAGCUCUUAGAUUCGAACUUUGCCCUUGCCAUAUCAAUGACGGUUACUUUUGGAAAGUUUAUUUUGUUCUUCUACAUUCAAGACUUAACAAGCAUGACGCAGAGGUUCUAUCUACACCUCAGGUGAUGGAAGCCAGAACAUUGUGGAUGAAGGAGCUACAAAAGCAAACGAAGCGAGAAACUGAUUGGUACGGAAGAAGCACUUCCCACUUAGGAGGCAGCUCUAGUACUUUGCACAAUGAUCUUAUCCCUUCCUCAUCCAGUUAUUUUGCCUUCGAGACCACAUCACCUAGGACCUAUACUUCUGAACCUACAUCCAGUAUCACAACAGAUUAUGAGGAAAAGCAUCCACUCGAAAGUACCGAGAUGCCAGUCAUAGAUAAGUCUGUUAUCGAGGAACAUCCGGUGUCUAGCACUGAGGAUAAGGCAUCCUCAAAAAUAACAAUUCCAACUUUUGAAGAUGAUGAUAUUGAUUGGCCAGAAGAUGAUGAUUCGGAAUUCGGUGGUUAUGGUGGAGCUACGAUUUGUGUGGAGAACGAAGAAGAUAUUUCUUUCAGCGAUCUCGAGGAUGUAGAUUAUAGUAUCACCCCCACAAAAUCAAAGAUGGUUUCAAAAGGAUUUGAAACUUCUAAAACAUAAGCCCGUGAUAUGGUUCAGUUAGGCAUAAGAUCCACUGGUCGGGCCGAGUAUAGAAACCGACAGCAACGUUUAUGCAGGGGCAACGGUGGCAGGUGCUGAAGUUGAGUGAUCAAUCAAAGUGAUAAAUAGAGUGAUAUUUUGUCUCGGUUUUCUUUGAUUUUGUACAGAAAAUCUGUAUUUAAAAAGUUUCCUCCUUAGAACAUGAGGUUUGCCACUUUGCCCAAUAGAUAUAGGAUAUAUGCAUUUUUUUUUAUUUUUUUGCUAAAUUUUAUGGAAUUAUUUGAUAACAUGAUUAAUGAGAUUCAAUUUUGAUUUUUUU